UUACUCCAUUUUACCCCCCUCCCCCGCCGAGCCUUCCCCCCCCAACCCCUGCCCCAUCCCGCGGCACCGGCGCCGCCCCCGCCCGCCCCCCCUCUCCGGGAGGAGGGGCGCGGGGAGCCCCCCCCUCACACACAUACACACAGACCUCACCGGGGACAGCUCGUCGCCCGCCCGGGAGGGGCCCGCCGCGGCCCCGCCGCUCUCCGACCCCGAGAGAGACUCGGCCGCUGCUAGGGCCCACUUCGAGGUGCUGCGCUGCCGGCCGAGCAUGAGCGCAGAAUGAAGCGGCGGCUGGACGAGCAGGAGGCACCGGUGUAUGCCACACAGCAGAGGCGCAUCCCCGCCGGCACCGAAGCCUUCCAGCACCAGCACCGCGUGCUCGCCCCGGCCCCGCCGGUCUAUGAGGCGGUGUCAGAGACCAUGCAGUCUGCCACGGGGAUCCAGUACUCGGUGACUCCCAGCUACCAGGUGUCAGCUGUGCCACAGAGCUCGGGCAGCCACGGGCCGCCCAUCACAGCCGUCCACGGCGGCCACCACCACCCCGCGCCCGUGCAGCCCCACGGCAGCCAGGUGGUGCAGAGCCACACGCACCCCACCCCGCCGGCCGUGCCCGUGCAGGGCCAGCAGCAGUUCCAGAGGCUCAAGGUGGAGGAUGCGUUGUCUUACCUUGACCAGGUGAAGCUGCAGUUUGGUAGCCAGCCACAGGUCUACAAUGACUUCUUGGAUAUUAUGAAGGAAUUUAAAUCUCAAAGCAUUGACACUCCGGGAGUGAUCAGCCGCGUGUCGCAGCUCUUCAAGGGCCACCCAGACUUGAUCAUGGGCUUCAACACCUUCUUGCCACCUGGUUACAAGAUUGAGGUGCAGACCAAUGAUAUGGUGAAUGUGACAACACCAGGGCAGGUCCACCAGAUCCCUACUCAUGGCUUGCAGCCCCAGCCACAGCCCCAGCCACAGCAUCAGUCGCAGCCUUCAGCUCAAUCUACCCCGACACCAGCACAGCCGGCGCCGCAGCCUCCGCCUGCCAAAAUCAGUAAGCCAUCCCAGUUGCAGGCUCAUACUCCUGCCAGCCAGCAGACUCCCCCGAUUCCGCCGUACGCGUCCCCUCGCUCGCCGCCGGUCCAGCCUCACACGCCCGUGACAAUCUCCCUGGGAACCACACCAUCCCUGCAGAACAAUCAGCCUGUUGAGUUUAAUCAUGCCAUCAACUAUGUCAACAAGAUCAAGAACCGCUUCCAGGGACAGCCAGACAUCUACAAAGCCUUCCUGGAGAUCCUCCAUACAUAUCAGAAGGAGCAGCGGAACGCCAAGGAGGCGGGAGGGAACUACACGCCGGCGCUGACGGAGCAGGAGGUGUACGCGCAGGUGGCUCGCCUCUUCAAGAACCAGGAGGAUCUGCUCUCAGAGUUUGGGCAAUUCCUGCCUGAUGCCAACAGCUCUGUGCUGUUAAGUAAGACAACUGCAGAGAAAGUGGAGUCAGUGAGAAAUGAUCAUGGUGGCACAGUGAAGAAGCCACAGCUCAACAACAAACAGCAGAGACCCAACCAGAAUGGCUGCCAGAUCCGACGGCACUCGGGAACUGGCGCGACGCCCCCGGUGAAGAAGAAACCAAAGCUGCUUGGUUUGAAGGACCAGUCCUUGGCAGAAGCCAGCAAGCAUGGUGUGGGGACAGAAUCUCUCUUCUUCGAGAAGGUCCGCAAAGCUCUGCGCAGCACAGAGGCCUACGAGAACUUCCUGCGCUGCCUGGUGAUCUUCAACCAGGAGGUGAUCUCCCGCGCCGAGCUCGUGCAGCUCGUCUCUCCUUUCCUGGGGAAAUUCCCAGAGUUGUUCACUUGGUUUAAAAACUUUCUGGGCUAUAAAGAGUCUGUCCACAUGGAGACCUACCCGAAAGAGCGGGCUACUGAGGGGAUAGCCAUGGAGAUAGACUAUGCCUCCUGUAAAAGACUGGGCUCCAGCUACCGAGCCUUGCCCAAGAGCUACCAGCAGCCCAAGUGCACGGGGCGGACUCCGCUGUGUAAAGAGGUUUUGAAUGACACCUGGGUCUCCUUCCCCUCCUGGUCUGAGGACUCCACGUUUGUGAGCUCCAAGAAGACGCAGUAUGAAGAGCACAUCUACAGGUGUGAGGAUGAGCGUUUCGAGCUGGACGUCGUCUUGGAGACCAACCUGGCGACCAUCCGUGUCCUGGAGGCCAUCCAGAAGAAGCUCUCCCGCUUGUCUGCCGAGGAGCAGGCCAAGUUCCGGCUGGACAACACCCUGGGGGGCACCUCGGAGGUGAUCCACCGCAAGGCGCUGCAGAGGAUAUACGCUGACAAAGCAGCUGACAUCAUCGAUGGCCUGCGCAAGAACCCCUCCGUGGCUGUCCCCAUCGUACUGAAAAGGUUAAAGAUGAAAGAGGAAGAGUGGCGAGAAGCCCAGAGGGGAUUUAAUAAGGUCUGGCGAGAGCAGAAUGAGAAGUAUUACCUGAAAUCCUUGGACCACCAAGGCAUCAACUUCAAGCAGAAUGAUACCAAGGUCUUGAGGUCGAAGAGUCUCCUCAACGAGAUUGAAAGCAUCUAUGAUGAGAGGCAAGAGCAGGCUUCAGAAGACAACGCUGGAGUGCCCACAGGCCCUCACCUAUCGCUAGCCUACGAAGACAAGCAGAUCCUGGAGGAUGCUGCCUCUCUCAUCAUCCACCACGUGAAGAGGCAGACGGGGAUCCAGAAGGAGGACAAGUACAAGAUCAAGCAGAUCAUGUACCACUUCAUACCAGACCUGCUCUUCGCCCAGCGCGGCGAGCUCUCGGAUGUGGAAGAGGAAGAAGAGGAGGAGAUGGACGUGGACGAAGCUACUGGGGCCGCCAAGAAGCACAACGGCGUUGGGGGCAGCCCUCCCAAAACCAAGCUGAUGUUCAACAACACCACAGCCCAGAAGCUGCGGGGCAUGGACGAGGUCUACAACCUCUUCUACGUGAACAGCAACUGGUACAUCUUCAUGAGGCUGCACCAGAUCCUGUGCCUGCGGCUGCUGCGCAUCUGCACCCAGGCCGAGCGGCAGAUCGAGGAGGAGACGCGGGAGCGGGAGUGGGAGAGGGAAGUGCUGGGCAUCAAGAGAGACAAGAGCGACAGCCCUGCCAUCCAGCUGCGGCUGAAGGAGCCCAUGGACAUCGACGUGGAGGAUUACUACCCGGCCUUCCUGGACAUGGUGCGCAACCUGCUGGACGGCAACAUGGACUCGUCGCAGUACGAGGACUCCCUGCGCGAGAUGUUCACCAUCCACGCCUACAUCGCCUUCACCAUGGACAAGCUGAUCCAGAGCAUCGUGCGGCAGCUCCAGCACAUAGUGAGCGACGAGAUCUGUGUGCAGGUGACAGACCUCUACCUGUCGGAGAACACCAACGGAGCAACAGGAGGGCUCCUGGCUUCCCAGUCCUCUCGUACCCUCCUGGAGGCUGCCUACCAGCGCAAAGCUGAGCAGCUGAUGUCAGAGGAGAACUGUUUCAAGCUGAUGUUCAUUCAGAGCAGAGGUCAAGUUCAGCUGACCAUUGAACUGCUGGACACAGAAGAGGAGAACUCUGAUGACCCUGUAGAAGCAGAGCGCUGGUCAGACUACGUGGAGCGCUACGUCAACUCCGACUCCACCUCACCGGAGCUCCGCGAGCACCUGGCCCAGAAGCCAGUCUUCCUGCCCAGGAAUCUGAGGCGGAUCCGGAAGUGCCAGCGCGGUCGGGAGCAGCAGGAGAAGGAAGGGAAGGAGGGGAACAGCAAGAAGUCCAUGGAGAACGUGGAGAGCUUGGACAAGCUGGAGUGUAAAUUCAAACUGAACUCCUACAAGAUGGUGUAUGUGAUCAAAUCAGAGGAUUACAUGUACAGGAGGACGGCUCUGCUGCGAGCUCAGCAGUCCCACGAGAGGGUGAGCAAGAGGCUGCACCAGCGCUUCCAGGCCUGGGUGGACAAAUGGACCAAGGAGCACGUGCCCCGCGAAAUGGCCGCCGAGACAAACAAGUGGCUCAUGGGCGAAGGGCUGGAGGGCUUGGUGCCCUGCACCACCAGCUGUGACACAGAGACCCUGCACUUUGUCAGCAUCAACAAGUACCGCGUCAAGUACGGCACGAUGUUCAAGGCGCCCUAGGGCUCCGGCGGGCAGCCGUGUGUGUGUGUGCGCGCGUCCAGGACAGGAGGAGGAAGCCUUUCUCCUCCCCUCACUGUGUAUCUCCGUAACAUGGCCACUUGACUAGUGCGUGGCUGGGUACAACCUGUCACCAGCGGGACCCCUCCCCCUCCCCCCCGGCCCCGGAGGGAUGCGGCUGUCCGCCGGCAGCCCCUCGCCUCGGGCACGGAGGGCGGGAAGGACCUUCUCUGAACUGAGCCAUCCCAGAGAAACACACCGAGCUCGUACACACCAGCAGCGGUGAGGCUUUGACUCCCCGCAGGCCCCGAGCGGCAAGGGAAGAGAAACGGAGGCUCUCCGCCCCCCCGGACCGCUUGGAUGUGUCCCAGGAUCGCCCAGGUGCCUGCGGCAGGCAGAUUCUCCUCCCUCCCUUCGCGCCGCCUCCGGGCUCCGGCCUGCCGCCGUCUCACUCAGCCGGCCCUGGGCUGCUCCUCGCCUCCCUCUCCUCCCUCCCCAGGCUGGACUCACCCCGUGCAGAUCGGUCUGUCCUUUCUAGUGCCAGUGGAACCGUUUGGGGUUUAUUUUGGUUUCAGUUUGCUUUGGUUUUCUUUCUUUUUGUACCUGCUUGUUUACUAGUCUCUCCCAGUGCCAUGCACCAGCUCUUCACACACACACCUACGUGUACACACACACACCAACCAACACCACCACGAUUUUAACAUCUUCCCCCCUCUCU